AUGCCGCCGCGCCCACGCAGCGCUCCAAAGCUCCCCCUGCUGGCAGACGCCAGCGACGAUACCAGUGACGACGCCGCAUCCGGCGGCUCUUUGAGUGAGUGGGAGCCGUCACCAAGCCCACCUCGUGUGGAAACGACAGGGACGAGCAGCGCUAGCGAGGAAGCCGGACCAGUCUGUGUCAUCGCUCCGCCUCCGGGGGAGACGCAGUUCAGGUCGUGGGAAGAAUUCGAGGCAUACUUCGCGCAGUACCAAGCUCGGUCGUUCCAGAUCUACCGUACCAGAACGAACACCUCAGUUCCAGUACGGAAUGCUCGGAUAUAUGCCCAGGGAUCCAAGGCGUGUAAGAAUCCCGACGAGUGGGACCAGUACGCAAAAACAUACGCGUGUACGCAUUACGGCAAAUUCCGAUCGCAAGCCACAAGUAAGAGGCCUCGUCAGGAGAGUCGAGCUUCUGGAUGCUCUGCCCAGAUCAAUGUGUGCGUUCAAGAGAUCAACAAAGCUACCCAUACAUUUGCUCUAAUGAUUACGAAGUGCCACCUUGAGCACAACCACACAUUGAACGAGUACGCUUUCAAAAGCCACUCGUCCAACCGUGUGUCCCUCGAUGAGAGUGCUUUAGAGACAGUGGACGAGCUCUGCAAGGCUGGCGCGAAAAAGACAAGCAUUCUCAAGUUUAUCAAGGACAAUUCCGAUAGCAAUCCGAAGCCACAGGAUGUUCAUAAUUUGGUUCGCAAAUUGAAGGCUCGCGAGCAAGGAUUGACCCCAACCUCUAAUUCAAAGCGGUUAAAGAAGUGGAUGUCCGAAUUUGGUGAUGUUUCUGGCAACGUGGGGCGCAUCUUUGUCGACGAUGUGGGAGAAAAGACAGCAUUCCCCGGCGUGACUAUUCUACUCUGCCAGUUUCACGUAUUAAAGUACUUGAGGAAGGAAAGUUCAUCAUCGGAUUACGGCUGCAACACGUGGGAGAGAAAUCAGCUGCGAGGGCUCAUGGACCUCCUGGUAUACGCGAAGACGGAGAAGGAAUACAUGGGGCAUUUCCGAUUGGGGGCAUCCUGGAAGCAGUUGAAAGAGUGGGUAAAUUCGUUCAUGGCUGUGGACGAAUGCAUUGCGUCUAUCAUGUACUAUCAAACGCUUCAAGAACGACGUUUCAUGGAUGAAGUCUACAAGAAGGUUAACAUUCAGCAUGUUGAAUACGACCAAGAAAUGACUCUCGUGGCUAACCUUGUCAGCGAACACGCGUCCUCGAUAGAGUUCGAGAGCUCAAGUGACAACUGUACGUCUAUGGAAUCUUUCGCUAUUCGUCGGGUUGUGGCGACGGAUGAUCGACCUUGGGACUCAAACCGCAAGUAUCGUGAAGCGCUGCCUAUCGCUAGUGAAAUUUGUGGUUCGAUGUCUGGAUUGGGAAUGGCACACUACCGAGAAGCGAUGGAGUAUCUGAAGGAUGUUGCUCGUCGGUUCAAGCAUUGUGACUUCGGCACCUUAUCCAGUCAAAACCAAAACGUUCAGCUAUCAGACUCUUCUCCUUCUACCCAGCCAGCUGAAGCGAGUUCAGCCAUUGAGAACAGCCAAGUCGAGGAGUCUGACAUCCAGUCUGGCGAGUCUGGCAUCCAGUCUGGAGAGUCUGGCACUCAGUCUGGCGAGUCUGGCACUCAGUUUGGCAAACAUUAUGAAUCGAAAACCCGAGAGUUGACAUCAACUCUCCAAGAAAUGCCCGAGCAUUUCCAAGUUGAUCCAGAUUCAGAUAUACUUGCUAAGCUGAAGGCCAUCCCACUUCUGUCCGUGCAGGCGGAAGCGCUGGAGCUCGUUGGCAAGUCGCCCUUGGGUGAUUGUACCGCUAACACUUUAGUGCUGAAGCUGUUUGCAGAAAGAGUAGACACGAUUGGAGUCGACACGUCCAUCGCGGGGAACGUUAUGAAUGGCUAUUUAUCGAUCUAUACGAUGAAGGGCGUGUUUGUAGGUGUUACGG